UUCAUGUAAUAAAAAAUUGUGUUUGAUACCACCAGUCUAUCUCAGAUGUAAAAGUUGAUCCUUAUUGAGAUGUCCAGAAGAAUAGAGGGAAAGCUACAAAUUACUGGGAUAGAAGCUUUAGGAAGCAAAGGACUUUGAAGAUAAAUUACACCAUAUGAAUGAUGAAGAUCAUGAAUGGGAAAAAUUGCAAAUAGAACUAGAUUGCACACCCCAUAACAUUAAGAAUAGCAAUCAUAUUAUUGGUACGUAUUUGAGGAAUCAAUUUAGUUAGACAUGCUUUAGCUUGGCAUAAUUAUUUUAAGAGAGCCACGGAAUUCAAGGAUCGAAAUAUUUACAGCUAUGAUUUAAUGGAUCCUCCUCUCCAUUAUUUGGGCAGAAAGUAAUGCGAAAAAAUGAGACCGGAAAUCAAUUUGAUGGAAUUUGAUAAGGUGUAUAUUUCACCUCUAUUAAGGUAUUUAAUUUUAUAAUUACUUUACAUUAGAACUAUAUAAACAGCCUAAUUAUUAUUCUAGGAUCACCCGCAGAAAGAUAAAAUACAGUUUAUCCUGUGUCCUCACAUAAGUGAAAAAAUCAGCAGCUAGUAUUCUAUCUAUAAAUGGGGAAAUUUGACCAAUCUUCUUAAAGAUGUAUAAUUGUAAAUUCAAUUUAAAUAGAAUAAUAAUCCGAUUAAGUUUGACAUAAGCGAAUUACCAUAGGAAUUGGAAUUAUGGUAAUUUAUCCAAAUUGGAAAAUAAGAUAAAGUUCAAAACUUAAAACCAUGCAAAGAGGAUUAAGAACAAUAUUUGGUUAAUAAAUUUGUCAAAAAGGGAAAAAACAUUAGAUUAGAAAAAUCUAAACAUGCUGAGAAGAGAGUAAAAAUAUUUUUAGAGAAACUAAAAUCAAAUUAGAAUAAUGGAAAAAAAACAGGAAUUGUCUCUCAUUCAUAAAUCAUCAAAAUAAUAUUAGCUUAGACAAAUAAAGGAGUUGACACAAAAAUCAAAAAUGGUACAGUUUUAGGAAUUAAUAUUUGA